CAUAAGUGAAACACAUACGAGAGUGACAGCUUGCUUUUUUUUUGUUAUUUGGCCUGAAGAGUAUAAAGUGAAAACUGCGUUUCUUAUACAAUUAUUUAACAAGAACAAUCAUGAAGUUUCAAUACAAAGAGGAGCAUGCAUUUGAAAAGCGUCGCGCCGAAGGCGACAAGAUCCGCCGUAAAUAUCCUGACCGUGUGCCUGUGAUUGUUGAGAAGGCACCAAAGGCGCGCAUCGGUGAUUUGGACAAAAAGAAGUAUUUGGUGCCAUCGGAUUUGACUGUCGGCCAAUUCUAUUUCCUCAUCCGCAAACGCAUUCACCUGCGUCCCGAGGAUGCACUCUUCUUCUUCGUGAACAAUGUCAUUCCCCCAACAUCUGCAACCAUGGGCUCCCUUUACCAGGAACAUCACGAGGAGGAUUAUUUUCUGUACAUAGCCUACUCCGAUGAGAAUGUCUACGGCAUGGACAAGUAGAAAAUUGACUGCAUCUCUCCCAUGCAACAAACAACAACCUAUACAGAAAAUUCUAUAUAUACAUACAUACAUAUAUUUUACGUUUAGCAAUGCAGUUUAAAAUAUAAUGCAAAAAAAACGAAAAUGGAAAAGAAAAAAGAAUGAUAGCUAAACAAA